AUGAGCCGCUGGCCGCAGUGCCGGGGCGACCCCAACGGCACCGAGCCCGGCGCCAUGCGGCAGCGGGGCAACGGGACGGGGCGGGCGGCAGAGAGCUGCAGCGCCGUCUCGGUGGCGUUCCCGCUGAGCAUGAUGAUCACGGGCAUCGUGGGCAAUGCCCUGGCCAUGCUGCUGGUCUGCCGCAGCUACCGGGCCAAGAAGAGCCGGCGGAAGCAGUCCUUCCUGCUGUGCAUCGGCUCCCUGGCGCUCACCGACCUGCUGGGGCAGCUGCUGACCAGCCCCAUCGUCAUCUCCGUCUACCUGUCCGACCGCGCCUGGGACGCCAUCGACCCCUCGGGCCACCUCUGCGCCUUCUUCGGCUUCACCAUGACCGCCUUCGGCCUCUGCCCACUCUUCAGCGCCAGCGCCAUGGCCGUGGAGAGGACGCUGGCCAUCCGCGCGCCCCACUGGUACGCCAGCCACAUGAAGACACGGGUGACGAAGACGGUGCUGCUCAGCAUCUGGCUGGCCGUGUUCGCCUUCGCCCUCCUGCCCAUCGCCGGCCUGGGCCGGUACACGCUGCAGUGGCCCGGCACCUGGUGCUUCAUCAGCACCGGCGAGAGCCAGCUCACCGGGAGCCUCUUCUUCGCCUCCACCUUCGCCGCCCUGGGGCUCCUCUCCCUCGUGGUGACGGUGGCGUGCAACCUAGCCACCAUCGAGGCCUUGGUGUCUCGUUGUCGGACCAAAGCGACUGCGUCGCGCUCCAGCAAGCAGUGGGGGCGAAUCGCCAUGGAGACACUGAUCCAGCUCCUGGGGAUCAUGUGUGUCCUCUCGGCCUGCUGGUCACCGCUGCUGAUAACGAUGUUGAAGAUGAUCUUCAGCCGCACAUCGUUUGAACACUGCAAGGGGUUCUCCGGUGAAGCCCAGAGCUCAGAACUGCACAAGGAAUGCAAGUUCUUCUUGACAGCCGUGCGUUUGGCCUCGCUGAACCAGAUACUGGAUCCCUGGGUUUACCUGCUCCUCAGAAAGAUCCUCCUCCAGAAGUUCUGUCAAGCAGCCAGCGCUGUCUCCAAGUGCUCUAACAACGAGUGGAAAGAGAGAUCAAUCACCUUGUCAGAGGAAAUCCGACGGACAACGGCAUGA